CUGCCGGACAUCACCAACACGCCAUCUUGGUUGUUAGCGUACGCUGGUGUACUUUGUGCUUCUUUAGUCCAAUUUACACGAUAAAAUUUAACCGGCCUAAACAAAAACAUUCACUUAACCUAAAAUACGCUGGGCACUCAGAUGGAAAAUAAGACGCUGCAGAUCGCUUCCGACUUAGGCAUCGAAUCAGAAGAAAUCGAAAUUGUGAGCAUAAAUACGAUCUGCCGGUUGUGUGGCACUCACAACGAGCGUUUGAUCGGAAUAUUCAGCGAUGAGGGAGUUGCAAAUGAUCUCUCGAAUAAAAUCAAUCUGUAUCUGCCAGUGAAAGUAGCAGCUUCAGACGAACUGCCUCUGCAAUGCUGCUGGAACUGUGCCUCAACGUUGCUGGCCUGGCACGAGUUGGUUGUAACGAGUGUUGAGACAGACCGCAGGUUUAGGAACUUGCAGCUUAUUACAGAAAAACACAUCGGCGAAGAUGCGGCGUUUGAUAGCCCCGUCAACCCCCCCAGUGAUGACAAUGCAGACAAUGAUGGGAUGGAGCCCAAGACCAUCGGCACAAGUCUGGAUGAUUUCAACCAAACUUCGCCAAACCAGGGAUCGAAAAGUGCACAAAAAUCGCCCAAGAAGAAGAAAAAAGACUCAAUCACGUGUUUUCCUCUCCAAGAAACCGAAACACCUCUCGAAACCUACAUUACCGACAUCGAACAAGAACUAAUGGACCCCGAAUUGGUCGACGUUCCUGACUACAAAGUAGAAAUUGAAACCGAUCAUCUCCUAACACAGGAAGACGACAAAUGUAACGAAAUAAAAACGCCAGAGAUUAAGCCGGACGAGGAGGAAGAGCGGCCCUAUUUCGGGUGCCAAUACUGCCCUGCGAUUUUCUUCGUUCAGAAAGCGAUAGCCGACCACGUGAGAGAAGAACACGGCAAGGAAUACAAGAAUUGUAAAGUGCAUGUGCCAAAGCAAGCGCCGCCGGUAAAGCGGGAGAGGAGGACCCACCAUAAGAUCGAUGAAGAAUUAAUAAAGGAAGCAAAGGUGGUUGUAGACGGCCGUAUUUACUACAACUGCAAGGAGUGCGGAAAAAAUCUGCACUCGCCGUACACCUACGUCUGGCAUAUAAGAAUACACACCGGUGAGCGCCCCUUCGUGUGCGACUUGUGUGGGAAACAAUUCCGGGUGUCCCAAGGCUUGGUCAGACAUUUGCGUGAGACUCACCAAGGUAUUAAAAAGUUCCCCUGCGACCUGUGUGGGCGCAUGUUCGCCACUCGACGUAACGUGGAAGAACACAGGAGGAUUCACACAAACGAAAGACCGUACGUUUGCGACCUCUGUGGCAAGUCUUUCAAGCAGAAGGCGUCACUUUUCGUGCACAAGAGGUCGCACAAGAACCACUUCCCGUUCAAGUGUAGUUACUGCAAUCAAGGGUUUCGAACCAAACCGCCUUUACUGGUGCAUAUCACGAGACAUACAGGCGAAAAACCGUACAAGUGUGAUAUUUGCGGCAGGUGUUUCCGAAUUAAGUACGAAUUGAAGCGACAUAAACUUAUACAUUCGGAUGAGAAGCCGUGGGUGUGCAAUGUGUGUGGAUUCAGUUUUAGACAGAAGCGGUAUUUGAGGAACCACAUGAAGUCGAACCAUACGCUGGUGGCUUAGAAAAAAUCGUAACGGUUUGUGGAAAUAACAGGGUGUAACGAAAAGGUGGGGACUAAAGGCUACCGCCGUUUAAAAGUUAGAGAGCGGUCUGGUUUUUUUAUACGUUAUCUAAGUGGCGUAUAACUUUUUUUUCGAAAGAUACAAGUUUUAACAUUUUUGCAUCGGCCUUGGUUUUGGAGGUUCGCCAAUUAUUAUUAUUGUUUUUCACCUUUUUUAUUUUGAUUGUAUUUUUUUAUGUUAGUUAACAAUAAUGUAUUUAGUUAUUGUUAUUAAUUUAAAUAAAAAAUGACUUUUUUCACACAGUUCUAUAAACCGGCUUUAAGGCUGUUAUAAAUAUUUUAUAACAUACAGAAGUUUCAAACAUAAAUUACUUUACUCCGAUAACGUAUAAUAAAAAUAUGGCUUCAUAUAUGCAAAGUUGUUAAUAAAUACCUACUAGCUGUUUCAAAACUGUAAAAACGCCCUCAAAUUAGGUGUUAUAAAUUAUUCAGCAUUUCGAGAAUAUAAUAGCUAAUGUAAUUUAUACUUUCAAUGAGAGAUCUAAUCAUUAAGAACUAUUUUACAUUUUUAUCAAUCUUAUUUAAAAAAAUAAUUUGGUAAAAUGCGACGUUGGCGUUUUUAUAGUUCUGAAACAGCUAAUACAUAAUUCACAAUAACAAAAAAGUAACACCAAAACAUGUGGUUUUGGUACCAAAUUUUAUAAGAAUUAAUUUCUCCAUUAAAAAAGCAUUAAAGAAAAUCUAAAAUAUUUUUUAAUUUUAGCGGUUUAGUUCUAAACUUUUUUUUAAAUCGCUUUAUUUUGACCCGUGGAAUCUCUGGUUUCUUUUGUCCUCAUGUUUUCGUUAUACCCUGAAUUUGAUCGUUUUACAUUCCUUUGAGAGUAUGCAGCAUUGUGUUUAUAUUGUCGUAUUUUUAUGUAAUCUGUGGUAAUAGAAUAAAGGAUACGUAAUAAGGUUUAAAGUUUUGAGCGUAAUAAUUUA